CUCUGGAGGACGUGAGGAGAUGCCGCGCUGCUGGACCGCCGCGCUGCUGCUGCUGCUGGCGGCCGGGACCCGGCCCCACAGCGGGGGGGGGCCCGGGGACGAGGAGCCCACGAUCAGCUGCACGUCUCACAUCCUGACGUCAGGAAGCAGUCUGACCUGCUGGCUGGCGGGGGGCCCGGUGGAGGACGAUGAAGACGAGGGGGGAGACGGCGUGGGCAACAUGACGGCGUGCUUCUUCGACUACAGUCUCAAUAAGGCAAAGUGCCUGGAGGCGUUCGGGGACACCUUCAGCUCCGGGGACCUGCACCCCAUCCUUCAGCUGAACGUCACCGUCCACCUGAAGAGAGGAGGCCGCAUCACGACCACGGUGGACCUGCAGAAGAUCAUUCAGCCAAGAAGUCCUCAGGUGAAGGACGUGACCUUCGACGAGGACUCUCACCAGGUCGUGAUCCGCCUCCAGACCCCCUACGUCAACGAGUACCUCAAAGUAGACAACCAACUCUUCCAGCUGCACAUCUGGAGCGCUGGCAGCUCGACGACUCAGAACGUCUCGUCGGACUCUCUGAGGAUGGACGUCCAGAACCUGCGGCCGCACGCCGAGUACCACGUGAGGGCGAGGGCCGUCCCGACCAACGGGCUGCAGGGCUCCUGGAGCAGGUGGAGUGGAACCUUCAGCUUCUUCAGUCCAGCUGAAGAAAAGUCCCAGAAUCAGACGUCUGGAGGACCGGAGACCAACGGGCUGAUCGUGUGUCUCGUCAUUCUGGUGGCGGUGCCUUCCAGUGUUGCUUUAUUCUGCAGGAACAAAAUAUUUACCUACAUGUGGCCGAGCAUCCCCCACCCCAAAGACACGCUGGUGCACAUCUGCAAGAUGAACAAAGGCCUCCUGUUGAACUUCAAACCCGAGGAGUUCAGCGCCCUCGACGUAGAGAAAGCAGAGAAGCAGUCGUGGGAAGAAGCGGAGCCUCCGAUGAAGCCGAGCUGCUCCACCCAGACCUCCGACGGCUGCAUGAGCACCACCAGCGUCAGCACCGAGGAGCUGGAGCUCUCCACCUUGCUGAGCAGGAGCUCCUUGGACGGAGAGGAGAGCCUCCAGAGCGCCAGCCCCUCCCCCUUCCAGGACCUCCGGCCCGGGGAGAGACCUCCCUCGUGCAGUGGUGGGGUAAAGGAGGCCGAGGCCUACGUCACCAUGUCCAGUUUCUAUCAGAUCAAGUAAGUCAGGAGGAGGAUCACGUCAGAGGCUCUGAAGGUUUGGCGUCCAACACAGAGGUCACGACCUCACAAGGCCCAAGAUCAACAAUAAGGUCUUAAACCAAAAAACGUGAGAGAGCAGCGAUCCCUCUCGUUACUCCACCCACCACUUGGAUCUGCCUCAAACAUCAGCUUUGUGCAGAGGUGCUUCACUCCGUCCUACGUGACGUUGACUUGAAAAUUGGUCCAGACAAUAAACCUCAAUGGCUUCUUCACCGGACAGUCAAAGCUCCUUUUAAAUCGUUUUAAAUGACCCCAUCUUCAAUGUCCAGUAUCUCUUUAAUAUCUUUUACUGUCACGUCUCAGUGUAAAAGUGGAGGAUUGUGACCCGAAUGUAACAUGUAGCAGUUUGUGAAAAGUAGCUUUUUGUGUAUUGUGUGGUUUUGAUGCUGUCUGAUUAUAUAAAGUAUGUUUCCUUCAUGUCUCAUUGUA